UUCCACCCAUCCCAGUUUCGCAGUGACCCAUAUCAGAAGCGUUCCAAUGAAAGUCUGCCACCUUGUGAGAACAGAAUACAAAUACCGACUGUAAAAAAACAAAACAAAACAAACAACAACUGACAGACAAGUAAUCUAGUCCAGUGGCUCUGGAUUCGGUUCAAGCAUGAAUUGGGUGUGACAGAACAGAGAAAUGGAAAGACAAAUAUGCGAAGCUUUUGACCUACUGUGGAAUUGCAUAUUCAGGAUCCAGGGAGCCUAACUCUGGUCCUGGAGAUCUAUUUGCGCUACAGACUUUAGCAAGGGGAUUAAUAUUAUAGCAUCUGAUUAAACCAGGCGCGCUAUAGAACUAAACUCUCCAGGACUGGAAAAUAAAUACUUACCCCAGAAAAAGGGUCGGAUAUGUAAACUUCAAGACAGACAAGACAUACUGAGGAAAACAAAAAUGGUUUGACAUACGUUUAUAUGACGAAAAGACAAAUCAUGCAUACGGACUCUUACAGCCGACUAAAAUACGACGAAUGUAUAAGAAUAUAUAUACGAAGAAUCUACACGGAAAUGAAAUGAAAACCGACUAUCACACAGUGAGCUAUUUGACGUUGUACGUCCUUUAUCUGGUUAUCCACGUCUUUGUCCACCGAAUCAUCUGGAACCUGCCAAAUAUCCACAAAUAUGGAUCAAGUAAAAGAAGUAAAGAGCCCUUGGGGUACUCUGAAUGUGACGGAGGCCCCCUGCUCCCUGACAGAUGUGAUGAGUGAACAGCUAGCCAAACAACUACAUGAGGAGUGCAAUUCCUUCUCCAGCUGUCCUGAUGUGGACCUAGGCCUGGUUGGCAAACAGCAGGAUGUAGAUACAUCCAGUGACCUGAUGCUGGCACAGAUGCUUCAGAUGGAAUUUGAUAGGGAGUUUGACACACAGCUGCGUCGGGAAGAAAAGAAAUUCAAUGGCGACAGCAAAGUGUCAAUUUCCUUUGAAAACUACCGCAUGGUUCAUCCAUUUGAGGAUAGUGACAGCUCUGAGGAUGAAGUAGACUGGCAAGACACCCGCCAUGACCCUUAUCGCCCUGAAAAGCCAACCACUACACCAAAGAAAGGUUUUGCAGGGAAAGGCAAAAACAUCACCACCAAACACGACGAGGAUGUCUGUGGCCGAAAGAACACUGCACGCAUGGACAAUUUUGCCCCAGAGGUGCAUGUUGGUGAUGGAAUCAGCAUGGAUCUGAAGCUGUCAAAUCAUGUCUACAAUGCUCUGAAGCGCCACUGUCAGACAGAGGAGCGACGCAGUGCGCGACUGCAUGAAAAGAAGGAACACUCGACAGCUGAACAAGCUGUGGAUUCCAGGACCAGACUGCUGAUGUACAAAAUGGUGAAUGUAGGAACCCUGGAGAAUAUUAAUGGCUGCAUCAGCACAGGGAAAGAAUCAGUGGUAUUUCACGCUGAUGGAGGGAGCCUUCAGGAGUUGGUGGUUCCGAAGGAAUGUGUGCUCAAAGUCUUCAAGACCACUUUGAAUGAAUUCAAAAACCGGGACAAAUACAUCAAGGAUGACUAUCGCUUUAAAGACCGCUUCAGCAAGCUGAAUCCUCGCAAGAUCAUCCGUCUGUGGGCUGAGAAGGAGAUGCACAACCUGGUCAGGAUGAAGAAGGCUGGGAUUCCUUGCCCAGAAGUAGUGAUGCUGAAGAAGCACAUCCUAGUGAUGUCCUUUAUUGGUCAGAACCAAGUGCCUGCGCCCAAGCUAAAGGAAGCCGUGCUGAGUUCUGAUGACAUGAAAAAAGCAUACUACCAAGUACUGCAGAUGAUGAAACAGCUGUUUGAGGAGUGCAACUUGGUUCAUGCUGACCUGAGUGAAUAUAAUAUGCUCUGGCAUGAUGGGCAGGUGUGGUUAAUCGAUGUGAGUCAGUCGGUUGAGCCAACUCACCCUCAUGGUCUGGAGUUUCUGUUCCGUGACUGCCGUAAUGUAUCUACAUUCUUCCAGAAAGCUGGAGUGGCAGAGGCGAUGAAUGUGUAUGAACUUUUCAACACUGUAUCUGGACAGCAGGUCAGCAGUGACAGUGAGGCUGAUUUCUUAGCACAGAUCGAAGCACUGGAAAAGAUGAAUGAGGACCAUGUGCAAAAGCGAAGCAAAAAAAUCUUUGCUAGCAAUUGCGACGACGGCCCACCACUGUUAAAUAAUGACGAUGAUUAACAAGAAAAUAAUGGCCAUUUGAGUAACAGAUUGUGGAGAGAAGGGAGGGGUAAAAUAUGGAGAUGCAAGAGUGCAUUGCGCUGUGUUCUCUGCUUACUGGCCUCUCCGGCGACCACCUUAACCUCUGGUGCUGACAGGUUGGCUUUAAAUAGCAAAUGCAAGAUAUAGUAAUGUAACGAGUACAUCAGUACAAGGCACUAUCAUACCCUGUACAACCUGUUAUUGACCAUCAGGACGAUUGGCAAAAGGGGCUAAAACAAAGGGGGACAAAAUGAAUGAACUUGCUACAUUAGAACAUGAGCAGCAGUGGAAUACUGUUCUGCAUUAUUUCGCCAUUACAUAAAUUGACAAUAGUUCAUUUGGACAGAAAUUAUUAAAUGCAAGUCCUCUGAUGCUUGGUGUGUGCUGAACAUGCAUUGUGAUUGAAAUGGGUAGGUUUUUCUGGAAUUACAUUAUUGUGGAGUGAGGUGUUGAUGUACUCUUAACUAGAUUUGACUUCUGAGAUCUAAGACUCCAGAUGGAGAAAAUGAAUAAAAGUGAAAUACAUAAAUGGA